GCACCCUGCAGAUCGACCGCCGACCGGUGCCCCAACCAACCACGCUUUCGUGGACCGCAAUGCAUGCGUCUUCUCCUUCCUAUUUAUGUAUCUCUCCUCAUGGUCGUCUUCUCUGCAAGGAGAGGAGGAUUCUGAAGAUCUCUCCCGUAAGCCUUUCUGAGAAUCAUGGGACUCACGUUUGCGAAGCUUUUUAGCCGCUUAUUUGCGAAGAAGGAGAUGAGGAUUCUGAUGGUGGGGCUUGAUGCUGCUGGAAAGACAACCAUCCUUUACAAGCUCAAGCUUGGGGAGAUUGUCACCACCAUUCCUACCAUCGGCUUCAAUGUAGAGACUGUUGAAUACAAGAACAUUAGCUUCACUGUAUGGGAUGUUGGUGGUCAAGAUAAGAUCAGACCUCUCUGGAGGCAUUAUUUCCAAAAUACACAAGGCCUUAUUUUUGUUGUUGAUAGCAAUGACCGAGAUCGUGUUGUUGAGGCAAGGGAUGAACUCCACAGGAUGCUCAAUGAGGAUGAGUUAAGGGAUGCUGUCUUACUUGUCUUUGCUAACAAACAAGACCUUCCAAAUGCAAUGAAUGCUGCUGAAAUCACUGAUAAGCUUGGUCUGCAUUCUCUGCGUCAGCGACACUGGUAUAUACAGAGUACUUGUGCUACAUCUGGGGAGGGUUUGUACGAGGGGCUUGAUUGGCUCUCCAACAACAUAGCCAAUAAGUAAUAGAUGUUGCUUGAUGGACAAAGUAGCACUCGGCAUUUGCCACACGGUUUGAUGUUUUGUGUAUGAUAUGGAUGAAGAUAGCUCUAAUAAGUUGCUUGUUAUCUUUCGUAUUGUGUAUUUGUACCCUGGAUUUCUUCCACGUGCUGCAUUUUUGCUGUUAGGAUAUAUUGUUUAGUAGAAACAUGUCUUUUAAUUCAUUUGCCACCUUGUACUAUUUGGUUGGUUAGGCUGUUUCGUGUUAAUCAUAUGCAUCAGUUGUUUCAA